GAGAGAGAAAAAAAACCUGAAAAUAUCGACAGACCUGCGAGUCAAUGCGUACGUACCAAUGGCAACGAAGCCAUUCAUGGUCUCAACAGAUGAUUGGAGGCAUGAGCAUUGGAAUCGGAAAUAUCGGGUCACAAGUUCCAUAAACAACUUAUAAAAACGUGCCAUAGAAACUUGACAUAGAGUAUUAGCGGUUGAAGUCCUACACGGUGUAGAGAAGAGCAGAAUAUUUCACCACUUCAUUUCUCCGGACCAUGAAUCAGCGCCGAAUGUGAGCGCGAGUGGAUGAAUUAAGACCAACCGCGGCUGAAGCCCAGCAGCCUCCCGCGCUGUCAGAAAAUAUCACGGAGAAAAGUUCCAAGCCUGCUGCUCCUUUUAUCUUUCGCACCGCGUAAGUGAUCGAAGAAAAAGCUACAUAAACGUUCAGGGAUAUAAUUAUCUGUGGUGCUGAGAUAUCCGUAUAAGAGCAGAGAGUAAAGGAGAAGACAACAACAUAACAGAUCAUCAUGGAUACAGGGGAAUCUUCCGGGCUGGCCAAAUCAGCCGCGGUAAAACUGUCCGAGAUGGGAGAAAAAACCAAACAGUUUGGCAACGCGAUGAAAGCCCCCGACCACCAAAGACGGAUCAUUUUAGUGAUUGUCUGCGUGGCUCUCCUUCUAGACAAUAUGCUCUAUAUGGUGAUAGUACCGAUAAUUCCCGACUACCUUGCUGAUUUAGAGCUUGAGCAAGCAGAGCACGUUCAUCUAGUUAUACAUCAGAAUUCUUCAAUAAACACCACAAUGAGCUCAGCCCAAGCUAAAAACAACAGGGACAAUUUAGACGUCCAAAUCGGAGUCCUUUUUGCAUCGAAGGCUAUCCUGCAGCUUUUGGUGAACCCGUUGUCAGGAACUUUCAUAGAUCGCGUUGGAUACGAUAUCCCCCUCCUGAUCGGACUAACGGUCAUGUUCUUCUCCACAUGCAUUUUUGCUUUCGCCGAGAACUACGCGACGCUGUUUUUCGCCCGUAGUUUACAAGGUCUGGGCUCGGCUUUCGCGGACACCUCGGGAAUUGCCAUGAUAGCAGAUAAAUACACCGAAGAAUCGGAGAGAAGUAAAGCCCUCGGUAUCGCCCUGGCGUUCAUCUCUUUCGGGAGUCUGGUAGCGCCUCCCUUCGGGGGUAUCCUGUACGAGUUUGCCGGUAAAAGAGUACCGUUUAUUGUUCUCGCCGUCGUUUGUCUUAUAGACGGGAUUCUGCUCUUGACAGUGAUCAAGCCGUUCUCGAACAGGACUAGAGACAAUAUGCCGGUGGGCACCCCCAUCUACAAACUCAUGGUUGACCCGUACAUAGCUGUUGUGGCAGGUGCCCUGACAGUGUGCAAUAUCCCCCUGGCCUUUCUGGAGCCCACCAUAGCCAACUGGAUGGAGAGCACCAUGCAUUCAUCUAAGUGGGAAAUGGGAUUGUGUUGGCUGCCUGCUUUCUUCCCACAUGUUCUGGGUGUCUACAUGACCGUCAAACUGGCUGCUAAGUACCCCAACCUGCAGUGGUUCUACGGAGCCUUGGGCAUGGUCAUUAUCGGGGCCAGCUCGUGCACCAUUCCAGCGUGCAAAACAUUCGGCCAGUUAAUUGCCCCAUUAUGCGGCAUAUGUUUCGGCAUUGCUCUCGUGGACACCGCCCUGUUGCCAACUCUUGCCUUUCUGGUCGACGUGCGUCAUGUGUCCGUGUACGGCAGCGUCUACGCUUUGGCUGAUAUCUCCUAUUCCCUCGCCUAUGCCAUGGGUCCUAUCGUGGCGGGAAAUAUAGUGCACAACUAUGGUUUUGUCCAACUCAACCUGGGCAUGGGCCUCGUCAAUGUCCUGUACGCACCGGCCCUUCUGCUGCUCCGCAACGUGUGCCAAAUGAAACCGUCCUACUCUGAGAGAGAUAACCUGUUGGUGGACGAUGAUGAACCCGAGGGUCUGUCUGAUACGAUGAAGAUGGAGGAGCGGAGAGGCAAGAAGAAGGGUUACAGUUCUGCGGGGUACUGCUUGCCUGUAGUGGUCGAUGAGAAUGGAGGGUUCGACCCGUUUAGAGCACAAACACGCACCUCUUUAGACGAAUCCUCUGGUCCAGAGUACAGUUAGAAUAUUUAGACUACAGUUAGAAUACUUUAUCACAAUUUAGAAGUCAGCUAGAAUCCUGGAGAAAUACUUAGAACGUCCCCGAAUCCAUUCCCGAUAGUUCGAGAAUUUGGACACAUUCAGUUUUAAGAGUUCGGACUUAAAGACCUGCCAAAGUCACUUCACUCUGUAAUGUAGGGCUACUGUUGUAGAAUUUACACAUACCAAAUCACCUAACCAUGAUGGUGUGACCCGUUUCCAAAGUUGAUUUUAUUUGACUGUAAUGUCAUCGUCAUUGAACAGGUCUUCUAUGUAUGUAAUGUGUUUCUUAUGGGCGUCUAAUUGGAUGACUAUUCUGAGAGGUCUAUCAAAUACAGUUGACUAUGUGCGCAUAACUACUGCAGAGUAUUGUAAAAAGGUAAAUAGAUAAAUGUAUGUACAAUGUUAUAUUGAUAUGAUAAAUACACGACCAACUACCAACGCAUCACAAAAAUAGCUAGUUCUUAGUUUGGUCAACCUUUGAUUGCAUUUAUAAUUUCGUUAACAUAUUGACAAUAAUUGUAAUUAUAAUUUUUGUAAUUCAAAAUGGGGGUUUUCUUUUCCAUAUCAAAUUUCGAAACGUAAUUGUGACAUCUGUAUUUUUUUUAAUUUAAGUUAUGUUUAGUUUUUCAGGAAAUGUAGUGUAUUAUAUUCAAAUGCGUUUUGUACAUAUGUGAAUAUUUACAUAGUAAAUUAUUAAAUUAUAUGUGUGCCUAUGCAUAUUUCAGCGUGUGCGUGAUGUAUGCGUGUAUGUUGAAACGGUUUAUUGUCAAAGCCUAAGUAUCAGUAAAAGCUCAAUGACAACUUCCUAUAUCCUGAGUAGAUAGAUAUAUGUUAAUUUAACGACUAUAGUUAUAAUAAAUUGUAUUUCAAUAUAA